GGGGCGUAAUUAACUAACCAACGACGAUUGACCAAUCAGGGAAGCCACAAACAUCUCCAAAUAAUGAUCAACCCGGCAACGAGGCAACGAGGAAACGAGGAAACAACAACCAAACGGGUUAUGUAUACAUGUAUAUUGACAUCAGCCUGUUGUUCAACGACGAUCGUUAGAUAACCAUAGUAAACCGAGUAUAACCCAACUUGUGGCCGAAGAGAGAGCGCGUGCAACCUUAACAGUUUGAAAAACCUACUCAACUACACAUUCGCUUGUUACUCGGAUGCACCUCUGACUACGGAAUUGAUAACAUUUAAUAAAAAUACCCCGUUUUUUUUUUAAAUUGAUCGUCGCAUUCGCCUGUUCGUUAGAGCUCAUUGUACCAGUUUUGUUGUUGUUCUCGUUCCAAGCUCGGAUCGCAACAGAGACAUCCGAUAUUGGAGUUGGAAGAACUCCGACAUAAGGCCACCCGCCUUGAGUCUGGGUUAUAUAUCGAGGGUAAAGGUCCUUUGAAGGUUUAGUCUUUCUCGCCUUUACGAAUAAUAGGUAUUCGCAAGGUUGUCUAGAUUUGGCCAAUCUUCCUGAAAAAGGAGCGUAUAUGACGAGUCAUACCUUAUAAUUAGCCGAGUAUACGAUGGCAGAAAUGAAGCAGGAACGCCAACCGCUGUCGCAGGGCCAGGAAGUGCCUCUAGACCAGACCUCGUGGUGGGCUAGAAUGCAGCAGCGGUUUCCUAUACUGCAGAAGAAGCGCGGUGUUGCCCUCGUUGUUGGUCUCAUGAUAUUGCCUUUGUUCGGUCUCUUAGGACUUCUCGCCCUGCGAAAUAGACAUGGCGAUAGUGGUGACGGAGCUGCUGGCGCGCCUAGCGGCCAAGCUCUUAUCACCGAUGAUACUUAUUUCUACGGCCAGUCCGAGCCGGUAUACCCCUCUCCCGCGAUGACGGGAGUUGGCGCUUGGGCCGAUGCUUACAAAAAAGCUCUCGACUUUGUUGGGCAGCUUACGAUCGAAGAGAAGGUAACCCUUGCAUCGGGACUCUCCUCUUCUACGGGCAGCUCAGGAACACUGAACGGCUGCUCUGGCAAUAUUGACGCUAUUCCCCGUAUGAACUUCUCGGGCUUCUGUCUGAACGAUGCCGGCCAGGGUGUCAGAGCUACGGACUUUGUCAGUGGGUUUCCGAGCGGUCUCCAUGUUGCUGCCAGUUGGAACAAGGGUCUGGCUCGGGACCGUGCAGAGAGCAUGGGCCUUGAGUUUAGAGUCAAGGGCGUCAACAUCCAUCUCGGACCUGUAGUUGGUCCUAUCGGACGUAUACUACGCGGCGGGCGCAAUUGGGAAGGCUUUUCUCCCGAUCCCUAUCUCACCGGCAGCCUUGUAUCAGAAACAGUAACGGGAAUUCAGUCGCAGGGUGUCAUCACAAGUACCAAGCAUUUCAUCGGCAACGAACAAGAGACGAACCGACAGCCUACUGGUGACACUGCAUCCGUCUCAUCUAACAUCGAUGAUAAGACCAUACACGAGCUGUAUUUAUGGCCGUUCCAAGAUGCUGUCAAGGCCGGGACUGCAAACGUAAUGUGCUCGUACAACCGAGUGAAUAACUCCUACGCUUGCGGGAACAGCAAAACCCAAAAUGGCCUCCUCAAAACGGAGCUGGGGUUUCAGGGAGCGAUUACUUCGGACUGGGAUGCUCUUCAUGCUGGUGUUGCAUCGGCCAACUCUGGAAUGGACAUGGUCAUGCCAAAUUCGAAGCUCUGGGGAGACAAGCUAACAGAGGCAGUUAGAAAUGGAUCGGUUUCUGAGGAUCGCUUAGAUGACAUGGCAACGCGAAUCAUGGCUGGAUACUAUCAAGUAGGACAGGACAAGGACUUUCCAGAGCCGGGAAUCGGUAUGCCCGUAGACCUAACCCAGCCGCACGAUAUCAUCGACGCGAGAAACAUCUCGUCUCAGAAAGUUCUAUUGGACGGUGCUAUUGAAGGCCACGUUUUAGUCAAGAAUAUCAAGAACGCGCUUCCACUAAGGAAACCGAGAAUGCUCUCGAUAUUCGGUUACUCGGCAAAGAGUCCCGAUCAGUGGAACUACAAAUCUAACGGCGGCGUUGCCGCGUGGACUUUCGGAGGCGAAUCAUCCUAUCUUGGGCGCGACACCAGUGCCGGUUUCUCGGGUCAUUACUAUGAAGAUUUUUCAGACAUUGCUCCUAAUGGGACGCUGUUCUGUGGUGGUGGUUCCGGUGCCGUAACGCCAGCUUUCGUUAGCUCGCCGUACGACGCUCUCAACGCUCGAGCGUGGGAUGACCGGACGGCUGUAUUUUGGGACUUCUUUAGUCCUGAUCCGGAUGUUGCUAGCACGUCGGAUGCAUGUCUCGUUAUUGUCAAUGCGUUCGCAAGCGAAGGCUACGAUCGUCCGAACUUACGGGAUGAUUAUACUGACGGCUUGAUUCGACAUGUGGCGGAUCGGUGCAAUAAUACGAUCGUCAUCUUUCAUAAUGCCGGCGUCCGGUUGGUGGAUCAGUGGAUCGACCACCCGAACGUGACGGCUUUGAUAUUCGCGCACCUACCUGGCGAGGCGUCUGGUCGUGCUCUUGUCUCCUUGUUGUAUGGAGAGUCAAACCCAUCGGGCAAGCUACCGUACACGGUAGCCAAGAACGAGUCCGACUAUGAACAUGUUGCGAAGCCAGACUUACCCCUGGGUCAGUUCGAACGUUUCCCUCAGUCAAAUUUUAGCGAAGGUGUGUAUAUCGACUACCGUCACUUCGAUCUAAAGAAUAUCACACCACGAUACGAGUUUGGUUUCGGACUAAGCUACACAACGUUCAAUUAUUCGAAUUUAAAGAUCGAAAAGCGGGACGAUACCAACACGGAUGAAUAUCCGACAGGGGCCAUCCGCGAGGGCGGGCAGGUAGAUCUUUGGGAUGUGGUAGCAUCAAUCAGUGCGGACAUAAAGAAUGUAGGCGAUGUAUACGGCGGCGAGGUCGCUCAGCUGUACGUUGGGAUCCCGAACGCGCCGGUGCGUCAGCUACGUGGCUUCGAAAAGGCGUUCCUCAACGCGACAGGAGAGGCUACGACUACAUUCCUGCUCACGAGGCGCGACCUCAGUGUCUGGGACGUGGUUGCGCAGAAGUGGCAUCUACAGCCGGGCGAGUACGGGAUAUUCGUCGGUGGGAGCAGCAGAGAUUUGCCGCUGAACGGGACGUUGACGAUCUAAGGAGUAGAGGGAAGGGGAAAGGGAUAAUAUUGGGCAUGGUAUAUGAGGUGGGUAUGAGGGAAUUGUAGCUGAACGUCUUAUGGCUUAUGGUGAUUACAACUGCAUACCUACUUGUGGGAGAGGACUGAAGCCGGGUUGAACCUGGUCGGUUGAAUGGUGGCAUGCCUGCGAGAGCUUAUACACACUCGGAUGGGUGGGAUGGUUGGUUGGAACUUUAUGUACUUAUUGGGAGGGCACUUCAGUAACUAUUACGGUGGCAAAGGCAAAUAGGUGGGUACAUAGCUAGAUUAUAUGGGUAUUCAAAGGGUUCUUGGAGUUGCAUGUUUACGGCCUGGAUUUCUGCAUGCAAGGUGCUACCUUGUUGUGUUUUUGGGACUUAUUAGUGGGAUAGAGCAAUGAAUGGAAACUUGCUCAUGAGGUAGUUAUAAUAUUUAGGUAGUUACCUAGUUAUAUUAUUAAGCUAUACUAUGCUAUGAAUUCUACGCUAGU